CUUCAAAUGAAAAGUUUUUUAUGUUAUAAUUUUUUAUUUUUUCAAAUAUCGGGUUUGGGCAAGUUUUUGGAAGAAAAAAACACUUCUAAAUGUAACUCAUUAUAUUCUUCAAUUCUGCACAUAUAUUUGUGUUGGUUAAUUUAUAUAAAAAAAUACUUGUGCGGAUUAAUGUGUAGAAACUUGAAUUUUGAUGUGGAUAUGCAUCAGGGCUGAUUUGCUGUAAUAAUUAGCAAUAAAUUAAUAAUUAGAACACCCCCUAAUUUCGCUUUUACUUCGUACAUUUCAUUCCCAUCUCUUCCCGCGUAAACUUCCCCGGAAAUCCCGCUUUCUUCACUAACCACUUUUCGCGAGAAGUAUGAAAUACUGCUGAUCAAACCCUGAAAGCUGAUCAUUUCUCCAUCCCGAUUUGGCAGCCAACCUCCCCGCUCCAAAUCCGGAAAAGGAAGAAUCACUAUCCGAAAAACAACCGAAGCAGCCAUCUCCCGGCGGCGAAUGGAACUGCGGCGGGGAAUUCCCCUGCUUCUCCAGCAAUUCACCGCGCUGCUGAAGAAGAACCUCCUGCUCUCAUGGCGAAACCCGCGGGCCACACUGAUCCAGCUCCUCGCCGCUUUCAUCUUCACUCUCCUCCUCUUCUGCUCCGACAAGGCCACCAACAACGACUCCUCCGCCGCCAACACCCCUGCCGUCAAGCACCCCGCGGCGGCGCCGCCGCCGCCGAUUCCUCCCUGCGACGAACGACGCUUCUUCCUCAGAAAACCCUGCUUCGACUUCGUCUGGAGCGGAAACGGGAGCGCGAGGCUCAAUCGGAUCGUGCGGGGGAUUAUGGCGAACAAUCCCGGCCGCCGCAUCGCGGCCGCCAAGGUGAAAUCGUUCAGGACGAAGAAGGAGGUAGAUUCGUGGCUUUUCGCUAAUCAGAUUCACUGCGCCGCGGCUCUGCAUCUCGGAGAAGUGAAUGCGACGGUGAUAACCUACGGCCUCCAGGCGAAUUCUUCCGAUCCCAAUCGGAUGCUCGGUAGCCGCUGGAGUACGAAUCCCGCGUCCGAGUUCCUGAUUCCGCUUCAGGCUGCCGCCGAGCGCGAGAUCGCUCGGUCGAUUCUCGGAGACCCUAACUUUAAAUGGACCGUCGGAAUGAAGGAAUUCGCGCAUCCAGCUGCUCCAAUUCGUCAGCCGGGGACGUCUUCUACUACCUCUGCGCCGGCAUUUUUUCUAGCGUUUACCAUGUUUGGAUUUGUUCUGCAGAUAAGCGCUUUGGUUACUGAGAAGGAGCUCAAGCUUCGUCAGGCAAUGAGCACGAUGGGGCUUUACGAUUCUGCUUACUGGCUUUCCUGGAUCGUUUGGGAAGGAAUCUUCGCAGCAAUUUCUUCACUUCUCUUGGUUCUCUUUGGGCUCAUGUUCAAGUUUGAUUUCUUCUGGAAAAACAGCUUCGCAGUUGUUUACCUCGUCUUCUUUCUCUUCCAAUUUAAUAUGGUGGGUUAUGCUUUCAUGCUGUCAAACUUCAUCAGCAAGGCAUCUUCAGCCACAGCUGUAGGAUUCUCUGUAUUCAUCAUUGGAUUCAUAACACAGGUUAUGACCUCGGAUGUUUUCCCAUAUGCCUCAAACAUUUCCAUCACUGUGAAGACGAUCUGGUCAUUAUUCCCACCGAACCUUCUUGCUAUAGCCCUGAUGCGGCUUAGUGAUGCUACUGAGGAUCCCUCAGGUGUUGGUAUUAGCUGGAGCAGCCGAGGAAAGUGCCUCUCAGGCAUUCCUAAUUGUGAAAUGACACUUAAUGAUGUCUACAUAUGGCUGCUGGCAACCGCCUUUCUCUGGUUUGCUCUUGCCAUCUACUUGGAUAACAUAAUACCCAAUGCAUACGGCGUCAGGAAAUCCAUACUUUACUUCCUAACUCCUUCAUACUGGAUAGGAAAGGGUGGAAACCAGACGGAAGGAGGGGUUUGCAGUUGUACGGGCUCGCUUCCUAGACAAGAAAAUGUUACUCCAGAUGAUGAAGAUGUGCUUGAAGAAGAAAACACGGUGAAGAGAGAUUUGCUUGAAGGGACAGUUGACCAAACGGUUGCACUUCAAAUACGUGGACUUGUGAAGACUUAUGCUGGGACUAGAAAAGCUGGAGGUGGUUGCUGCAGCUGUUGCAGUUGCAAGAAGACUUUGCCUUACCAUGCUAUUCGGGGCCUGUCGAUGAAUAUUGCAAAGGAUCAGUUGUUUUGUCUGCUUGGACCCAAUGGUGCAGGGAAAACCACAGCGAUCAAUUGCUUGACUGGGAUUGCACCAGCAACCAGUGGAGAUGCAUUGAUAUAUGGGCACUCCAUCAGAGGUAGCGGUGGAAUGUCCAGCAUCCGAAAGCUUAUGGGCGUGUGUCCUCAGUUUGAUAUCCUGUGGGAUGCCUUAUCUGGCGAGGAACACCUUCACCUCUUUGCCAGCAUUAAGGGGAUUCCCCCGCCUAAGAUUAAAGAGGUAGCUAAGGAACUGUUAGACAAAGUCAGACUUACCAAUGCAGCCAAAGUAAGAUCCAGGAGUUACAGCGGAGGAAUGAAGCGACGGCUCAGCGUUGCAAUAGCCCUCAUCGGCGACCCAAAGCUGAUCAUUCUGGACGAACCAACUACCGGCAUGGACCCUAUAUCGAGAAGGCACGUAUGGGACACGAUACUGGAAGCAAAGCAACGCAGCGCGAUUAUUUUGACGACACAUUCAAUGGAAGAAGCAGAUGUUCUCAGUGAUCGGAUUGGGAUCAUGGCUAAAGGUAGACUACGUUGCAUCGGAACCUCCAUCAGGCUGAAAUCAAAGUUCGGUGCUGGUUUCAUUGCUAACCUCAGCUUCGUCGGAAAUGCUGACCACCGCCAAGAUGAAGUAGAAGAAAACGGCAAUGCAAUUCACCAGGAGGCCGUGAAGCAGUUCUUUAGACAUCAUUUGGCGCUGGCGCCAACAGAGGCGACCAAAUCCUUCAUGACCUUUGUCAUUCCUCGUGACAGAGAGACGCUUCUAACAAACCUGUUCGCCGAGCUUGAGGAGAGAAGAGCUGCGUUCGGAAUUGGAGACAUUCAGCUCGGCCUGUCGACCCUGCAAGAAGUAUUCCUGAGAAUUGCCAGGGAAGCCGAGCUGGAAACCGCCACCGCAGAGGGGCGGUUUCUAACCUUGAACCUCAACUCCGGAGCUUCGAUUCAGAUACCGGUGGGAGCCCGGUUCGUGGGGAUCCCUGCGACGGAGUCUAGUGAAAAUCCCAGAGGCGUCAUGGUUGAAGUUUACUGGGAGGCGGAUGAUGGUGGUUCACUCUGCAUUUCGGGUCACUCCGAAGAAAUGCCCAUCCCUCCCAAUGUGCAACCGACUGUUCAGGCAGGGGUGGCACCGGUGACAAAAAGAUGCUUCUUUGGCAAGAGUCAACCGGUUUAUGGGAUGGUAAUUGAUCCUAAUCAGAUCACACAACAAACUAGCUAGCUAACCAAUGUAUCAAUCUGGUCAUGCUGGUAGGUUAAUUUAACCGAUCUGAUUUAUUCUCGACGCAGCUUGCUUUACAUCAUCCAUAGUUGUUGCGAGUAGAUUACUUCAAAAUCAAAUAACCAUUCAAUGCUAUUUUUUCUUUCUUAGUUGUUCAAGAAGUCAUCAAUUCUGAUCAAAAAAAGGUCCACGCAAAACUCAUUACUUGCUAACGCAAAUUUCACCCACCCAAAUGAACACAAUCAACCAGACGAGAUGUCGGAUUACGAAAGACGAGCAGAAGAGGGAAUCCAGAUUACAUUAUAGACAGCCACUCGAGUCGAACUGACGGAGAGAGGGGUAGGGAGAGACAGACACAAAACAGAAACAGUUUCAGAGAAGGAUGAGACAACUUCUCAUAGCCUAUGAUGUCCAGACACUCUCAGAAAAUAAACGCAACAUGACAACAAGUUGAGACUUGAGAGAUUAAAAUAGACUAAGGGGCCAGACAGUAGUAACUUACACAGCCAGCCAACAAACCCUUCCCAGCUUAACAAAUAUAAGACCCCAAAUUAUGCAUAUUCAUAUGGUCUGACACUCUGUCGACGCAAACAAAACCUACUGCGGAAC